GAAAUGGAAGACUUUGUCCAGAGCUCUGGAGAAAAUGGUGUUGUUGUGGUUUCUCUAGGGUCAAUGGUUCCUAACAUAACGGAAGACAGGGCCAACGUGAUUGCAUCAGCCCUUGCCCAGAUUCCACAAAAGGUUCUAUGGAGAUUUGAAGGUAAGAAACCACGCACCUUAGGACCCAAUACUCGGCUGUACAAGUGGAUCCCUCAGAAUGACCUUCUUGGUCAUCCAAAUACCAAAGCUUUUAUAACUCACGGUGGAGCCAAUGGCAUUUAUGAAGCAAUCUCCCAUGGGAUCCCUAUGGUGGGCAUUCCUUUGUUUGGGGAACAAGCUGAUAAUGUGGCUCACAUGAAGGCCAAGGGAGCAGCUGUUAGAAUGGACUUCAGAAUAAUGUCAACUACAGAUUUGCUCAAUGCAUUGAAGACAGUCAUUAAUGACCCUUCAUAUAAAGAGAAUGUUAUGAAAUUAUCAAGGAUUCAUCAUGAUCAGCCCAUGAGACCUCUAGAUCGAGCAGUCUUCUGGGUUGAGUUUGUCAUGCGUCACAAAGGCGCCAAACACCUGAGGGUUGCAGCCCACAACCUCAACUGGAUCCAGUACCACUCUUUGGAUGUUAUUGGGUUCCUGCUGGCCUGUGUGACAACUGCAAUAUUCCUCAUAACAAAAUGCUGUCUGUUUUUUUACCGGAAAUUUGCUAAAACAGGAAAGAAGAACAAAAGGGAGUAGUUGUAUCUAGGCCUGAAGCUGGGAUAUAGGAUGGGUGGAACUACUCCAGUUGAUUCCAGCAAGAGAUUAUGAUGCAAGAUUUCCUUCCUCCUGUGGCCAAAUUUUUACAAUUUACCAUCAUCAAAUCAAAAUUUGCUUUAUAGAGAUUUAAUACCCACUUAAGAGUUAGAAAUAUUUCCUGUCAA